AUGCAGACCUCUUACAUCUUCACCACCCUCCUCGCCGCUGCCGGCCUCGUUGCCGCUCUUCCUCAGGCUACUCCCACCCAGGUCACCCCCACGGGCACCGCCUCGGCCACCGCUUCCGCCACCCCCACCUGCUCCCAGGGCCCCGUCGUCGACUACACCGUUGUCUCCGGCGACACCCUCACCAUCAUCUCGCAGAAGCUGAGCUCCGGCAUCUGCGACAUCGCCAAGCUCAACAGCCUCGAGAACCCCAACCUCAUCCUCCUCGGCCAGGUCCUCAAGGUCCCCACCCACAUCUGCAACCCCGACAACACCUCCUGCCUGUCCAAGCCCGGCACCGCCACCUGCGUCGAGGGCGGCCCCGCCACCUACACCAUCCAGAAGGGCGACACCUUCUUCAUCGUCGCCGGCGACCUCGGCCUCGACGUCAACGCCCUGCUCGCUGCCAACGAGGGCGUCGACCCCCUCCUCCUCCAGGAGGGCCAGGUCAUCAACAUCCCCGUCUGCGAAUAA